UCUUUAGGCCGGACUCGGGCCCUCGGUUCCUCAGUGUCGGGACGGGUUGCAACAAAUCCCACCCAGUGCCACCAUACCAUACCACAUCCCCUCUUUCCACGGCCGCAACCAACAAGGAGGCAAAUCACCCAACCCUGCUUUAAAAACGAGGGGACGCGAUGAAUCAAGAUUACGUUUGGACUGGAAACGGGCCAUCCCAGGCACUUGAUGGGUCACCCGGCGGUAUGCCACCCUCGGCUUUGAUGACUCGACCGCUUGCCGAUAGUCAACGCGGGUCGUGGACAUCCAGUCAGGCGCCCGACCCCCCCUCGCGCUUCACUGGGCUUUUGGUCCAGACGCAGAAACAGAGGUCGACUCACGCCUGUGGGCUGCCCAGUCCAGCACCGACAGCUCCUGCAGCAUCGCCACCCCACUGGCCGAACCACGAUGUCUCAUCCGUCGCCGGAUCGUGGGCCCCAACCAGUCCAAUAAGCCCAGCUGUUGGCGAACCGGUGGCUCUCGAGUACAAUAGCCAAUUCCUUUACCCUCCCAACACUGCAGCGUCAGUUAUCUUCGAUACCGGGUUCCAUGACUGGGCUGGAAACACUGGCUUCCCGCUGAGCUUCGACCACACCUACCCCGGGGGUCAUACAGCCCCACCGGUCCCAAAUGGACUAUCCGCCGACUUCAGCGCCCCUUGGCCUAGCCAGACCCCGGGGCCGAGCAGGUCGAGCGGGCAGCUCCUGAUCCCAGCAUUCGAAUUCCCUCCUCCAUCUAAUUCAACCACAGUCGCCAAUCGUAUUCUUCCCCUAAGCAAUACCGAAAUCUUCAAACAAGAAAACACUCCACAACCGCACCCAUAUCCCCUUUGCAAGCGCCCUCUUUCCCACUCCCAACAGCGGCCACAACCCCACAAAAGAGCAAAGGCCCCUUCCUCUAACGACGACAACCACUCACCACCGCCAACGACGACGGACAGAAAACCCCGGACCAAACCACUUCCUUCAACACAUCCUCAGAGUCCGACUUCCGCAAAAGGCCCCACCCUCCGCACCGCCGCCCGCCGCGUCAAACGGCCUGCGCCCUCCCUCAAGCCGGGCGAGUCCCCCGCACACCAACGUGCUCGUACCAACCACAACCUAGUCGAGCAACAGUACCGGCACCGGCUACACGCGCGGUUCGAGGCGCUGCUGGACGUCCUACCGGACGGUAUUCUCGGUGACGAGGAGGAACACCAUGAGGGUCCCUCGGGGGGCGACGGUGGCCUGUGUACCGCCGGGGGCGGCGGCGGUGUCAAGGGGAAGAACAACCGCCGGAUGAGCAAGGUGGACGUGUUGAGCAAGGCGCAGAGGGUGAUUCAGUUCCUACAGGGGGAUACGGAGCGGAUGAAGAGGGAGAUGGAAGAGAUGAGGAGGGAGAAGGAAGCGGCGUUUGCGGGGAUGGCGCGGGUGCGGGAGAGAGGUUAAAAGGGUCACGAGAGAGGAAGGAUGGGAGGUUAUUCUUUGCUUUCGUUGGGCCUUCAAGGGGGUAGAAUGGAGUUAAGGGCUUGAGGUAGGCGGCAUCGUUACCAAAAGGCAAACUUGUGGAGGGGAGCAUCAUCCUUGGUUCUAGAGGUGUUGGGACGUAAUGGGAUAUCCGGAUAUACUUCAUACACAACGGCGGUUUGGCGGGCGCGUCUCGCUUC